AUGGAACUCCUCCUCAUCCUUGCUGCAAUUGCAGCCUUCUGUCAAACGACUGUCAAUGCUCAGUAUGGGAGGAAGCAGUUUCCAGGACAGCCUCCAUAUCGGCCAUUCCCACCUUAUCGCUCUUGGCCACACAAACGCCCUUCUCCGCCUCCACCCACGAACAAGCAGCCAGUCUACCCACAGCUCAAGACUACGCCUCAAAUUCUUGGUCUGGCCAACGAUCCAGCCCUUGACCGUGAUUCAUGUGGCUCAAUGACCUUCCUCGACAGGACAUUCUGGACAUGCCGUGACACUCAGCUCUUCUAUCCAAACGGAAGCGUCAUGAUCAGCCCACUCAUUACGAGCACUGCAAGCUGGUCAGACUUCAAUCGAUUCGGUGCUCCUGCGCUUCAACAGCUGCCUCCUGGUGCAGACCCGAUCAACAGCACAGUCUUGAAAUUGUAUGGCAAGAACACUAUCAAUCAGGCAUUCUACCCGAUCCUGCCCAACUACUGCGAUCCACCAGCGGGCAACUGUUCAGAUGGAACAAGAUAUGCUUUGUGGCCUGAUCUCCCGCCGAUGAUAACCUCCUCGGGCCGGGGAGGCGUGACUGGAUACACCUGGAUCAGAACUUCUCACAUUCGCUCUGAUUUGAGCACUGUAACAGACAACCCCAAUGCCAUCUUAUACAAGGUCACGUAUCAGGGCAGUUCUUUUGGCAACAAAAACGCCCUCCCAAAAGUAUCAGUUGUUGAUGAAUUUUUCUGGAAAGAGGGAGAAAUCACAUUCGGAAACUACGGAAACGUUGUCAAGGACGGGAUAGCCUACCUUUAUGGACUAGCAGAGGGCAUCACUUCACUCGCCAAAGUGCCCGCAAACCAGGUCGAAAACAAGGCUGCCUACCAAUACUGGGUUGAUGGCAAAUGGACGAGGACCAUGCCCGCGAUUGGACAAGAAGGCAUCAACAUUACCAACUCCAACACCGGUGGUGGUCAAGGAACAUACUACUUUUCUGAGCAGUGGAACAGUUAUGUGUGGGUCGGUGGCCCCGUUACCCCAGGGUCGGACAUGUACAUUACUACCGCUCCUGAUCCAACAGGCCCCUGGAUCACGCCUCAGCACUUCUUCACUGGCAUCAACGGCAACUACUUCUUGAGUGCGUACUCGAUCCAGGCACACCCCGGCCUAGCUGCCAGCUCCAGGGACAACGACCUUUACGUCACGUACACCAAGAACGAUUUGGAUGCUGAAGGAAUCAAUGUGUACACAUCACCACUGGUCUACAUCCAGUGGAAAUAG